AUGGACAUGCACGAGAGUGCAAAACUUGAGAGGCAGAGACGAGAAGAAGCUAGAAGGAGCUUACGCUCUGGUCUGACUGGGCUUCCUCUGCCAAAGAACGAGUACCAAAUAGUUGCACAACCUCCUCCAGAGGAUAGUGAAGAGCCAGAAGAGAAAAUUGAGGAAGAUAUGUCAGACAGGAUAGCUAGGGAAAAAGCUGAGGAGGAAGCAAGACAGCAGGCGCUGCUUAGGAAAAGAUCCAAGGUGUUGCAGAGAGAUCUUCCUAGACCUCCAGUGGCUUCACUGGAACUAAUUAGGAAUUCGUUGCUUUCAUCCAACGGAGAAAAGAGUUCCGUUGUUCCUCAUACUCCAGUUGAGGAUGCAGAUGAAAUGGUACGAAAAGAGCUUCUACAGUUGCUGGAGCAUGAUAAUGCAAAGUAUCCUCUUGAUGAGAAAGCUGAGAAAAAGAAAGGAGGCAAGAACCGUGCCAACAGUUCUGCUUCUCAAGUUCUUGCAAUUGAAGAUUUUGAGGAAAAUGAACUCCAAGAGGCUGACAAAAUGAUAAAGGAGGAAGGCCAGUUUCUUUGCACCUCAAUGGGACACAAGAACGAGUCACUUGAUGAUUUCGUAGAAGCUCACAACACAUGCGUGAACGAUCUCAUGUACUUCCCCACUCGGAACGCAUACGGCCUCUCAAGUGUUGCUGUGAACGCAGAGAAAGUUGCAGCUUUGCAAGUGGAGAUGGAGAAUGCAAAGAAAAAGAUGGAGGAGGAUGAGAAGAAGGCAGAACACACGAAGGCCAAGGCAGAGACUGUGUGGAGCCAAAUAGAGUCGACUUUGAAGCAGAUUGAGAUUGGUGGAACAGAAGUAGAAUGCUUCAAAGCAUUGAAGAGGCAAGAAGAGAUGGCUGCAUCUUUCAGGAAAAAGAAUUUGCAAGAGGAAGUGGCAAAGCAAAAGGAGACGGAGCAAAAACUGCAGGCGCGUUACGGCAAUCUGUUGUCAACGCUUGAAAAAGCAGAGGAGAUAAUGGUGGGGUUCCGAGCACAAGCAUUGAAACAAACAGAUGUCGGAGAUUCUCAGAAACUGAAAGAAGCCAAGCCUACCACUGGAGAAGAAGAGGACGUAGCCGUAGCCAUGGAAGCUUCUGCUUAA